AUGUUUUUUAUAUUUCUUGCACUAUUUUGGCUAAAACAUAUAAAUAUAGCACUAUGUAUACUAUUAAACAGUUAUAAUGUUUUUAAUAAUCCAUUAUUCAACAUAAAUAGGCCAAUAAUUGGCGCUCACACAAAAGGUGGGCUGUGUAAAAUAGGAAAUUUAAAAUAUAAUUUUUUGUACAUUAGUCCCUUAAACACGGGAAUAAAUAAUACAUCCUUAAGAUAUUCAUACCUUAAUGGAUCGGAUGAUCAUGAUAUCGCAGGAGUAAAUCUCACACACGACCCUUUACUUAAGGCCGAGAAUUCUGUGGAGGGUGUAACUGAUGUUGAAGCAGAAUUGUCGAAUUUAGAAGCCAGUGGCUCACACAAUUCAAAUAUCGCAGAAAAAAGCAAUUCUCCUUUUAAAAUUGGCAUUAAUGAUUUAGUACAAGCAGCUUUAAACUGGAAAUUUGACAAGAGCCCCGAGCCUGAAAUAACAGAAAAGGAAAUAGAGGAGAUACACCAAAAGUUUAUAAAAUCAUCAGAGGAUGACAGUGAAUCAACAUUUCAUCAGAUUCUGACCAGGUCUAUUAAUAAAAAGUUGGCACAAAACGACAGAAGUAAGGUCAAGGAUGAUAGGACGAAGGUUAGGGAGCUGCUGGGAGAGUUUUCGAUAGAAUUGGAAGGAAAAAGGUGCCACGGAUGCGGAGUGUCACUUCAACAUAAGGAUGAGCUUAAAAAGGGCUAUGUAGACAGAGAAUACUUUGAUCAAUGCAGUAAAGAUACAUCAGUAAAGUGUAAACGAUGUUGUUCCCUGAGAAGCGGAACCUUCUUUCUGAGUGAAGAUCGCAUUAAAAUGAGUUCUGAUGGCAGCAGUAGCAUUACUGGUGGCUUCCCAAGCACCAGCGUUGAGAUAGAUGGAAGUGUGUACGACGCUAGUGUUGACCUAUUUGAGGCCGAUAGGGAGCUAGUUAAAAGGGAGUUUGAGAAAGAAAUCGAUGCAGUAAAUAGAAUUAAACAGGCCUCAAUUGAAACAGUGAACAUAGUUAGAAAUAUGCUGAGAAUAAAGAAGAAAAAGAGGAUAACAAUCUUGUACAUAGUAGAUGCGGUAGACCCACACAUAGACACUGGUUUACUCGAUCUGAUUAGAAAACGCCAGGAUGAAUUCAUGACAACCAGGGGGGAUUUGGCUACACAUCAGGGAGAUAGUCAGUUAACUAAGGAACCACAGAGGAGUAGAAAGGACACACUAAAGACGAGUAGUGGUAGACUACAGAGAAGAUGCGGAGGAAUAAAAGUGUAUUUGGCGGUGAACAAGAUCGAUUUACUGCCCAGAUAUAAAAGGGAGGAUUUGGUAGUGUAUUUUCGCAACAUGGUUAACUCAAAGGUGGACAUAGGACUGAGAACGAAGAAUAUAUUUCCAAUAAGCUGUAAAUAUAAUACGAACGUCGAUUCGCUGCUGAACGUGAUACUGUCUGAAGCGAAGAAGCUAGGAAACCAAGUAUUAUUCAUAGGGCCAACAAACUCAGGAAAGUCAACGCUGAUCAACGCAAUACACACAAUCUUAAAUACUCAUCGCAACAAGGAAAGAUCACGUGGACAUUUCAGUUCUAAUUUUGACUACACAGUGAACGGGUUAACAAGUUUUGAUGAUACUGGUACCUUGAGUAAUUUGGAAGAAAAGCUAAUAGACCCUAUGAAUGAAACAAACACUCCAACUAACGCCACAAAAGAUGAUAUAGCAUCAUUAGACUCUAGUAGAAGCAGGUCUAUGGAUAGUGGGAUAGGCAGUGGUGAUGAUAAAAAGGCGCUUUCAACAAAGGUUACCAGUAGCAUAGUUCCAGGUACCACUCUGGGGGUACUGGGCAUACGGCUUGGGAUGGGACUGAAGGUGUACGACACGCCAGGGAUAUUCAUACCCAACUCGUUUAUAUCGUAUCUCGACAACGAUCAGCUGAAGGAAGUGAUCAUUAAUAACACAUGCUCGAACAAGUCAAUUAGGAUCACGAAGGGACAAACUCUGUUGAUCGACAAAUACGCCAGGAUAGACGUGACCGCAGGCAGAGACUUUUUCGUCAAGUGCUACCUGUCAGAUAAGCUGAAGCUGUUUGUGAAGAAGACGCACCGCGUGCCCAGGUUCCUCGAAAGAGAGUUCCCCAACGCUCAGCUGUGGUACCCAAAAGCUUCAUUAGACAGUUGUACAGCCGACACCACCCCUAAGAAGUUCAACAUUGUUCUAAGCGGGUGGGACUCUGCAACAUGUGACCUGUGCAUCAAAGGACUCGGGUUUCUUACUCUCGGCGGCGCCCUGAGGAUACUUUUUGACCUCCACACGAGAGACAGCAUAGAGCUAAGUCUGAGAACCCCAAUGUUUCCCAAGAACAUAUUCCCGUUUAAGCCGCGCAAGUCCUGA